AAAGUUCAAGGGGGCCGAAUACUUUCGCAAGGCACUGUAGCAAUGGAAUGGUAGAUGUGCAGAAGAUGAAUGUGCAAGUAGUGAUACUGGGGUGCAAACGAGCAAUAUAAAUAAAUAAAUACAGUAUGGGGAUGAGGUAGAUAGAUGGGCUGUUUACAGAUGGGCUAUGUACAGGUGCAGUGAUCUGUGAGCUGCUCUGACAGCUGGUGCUUAAAGCUAGUGAGGGAGAUAUGAGUCUCCAGCUUCAGUGAUUUUUGCAGUUCAUUCUAGUCAUUGGCACGAGAGAACUGGAAGGAAAGGCGACCAAAGGAGGAAUUGGCAUUGGGGGUGACCAGUGAGAUAUACCUGCUGGAGCGCGUGCUACGAGUGGGUGCUGCUAUGGUGACCAGUGAGCUGAGAUAAGGCGGGGAUUUACCUAGCAGAGUAUGAAGCGAGGGCCAACCAAUGAGAGCGUACACGUCGCAGUGGUGGGUAGUGUAUGGGGCUUUGGUGACAGAAUGGAUGGCACUGUGAUAGACUGCAUCCAAUUUGUUGAGUAGAGUGUUGGAGGCUAUUUUAUAGAUGACAUCGCCGAAGUCGAGGAUCGGUAGGAUGGUCAGUUUUACGAGUUUGGCAGCAUGAGUGAAGGAUUCUUUGUUGCGAAAUAAGAAGCCAAUUCUAGAUUUAAUUUUGGAUUGGAGGUGCUUAAUGUGAGUCUUGGAAGGAGAGUUUACAGUCUACCCAGACACCUAGGUAUUUUUAGUUGUCCACGCAUUCUAAGUCAGAGCCGUCCAGAGUAGUGAUGCUGGACGGGUGGGUAUAAACGCCAUUUAAAAUGCUUCCUUUUUGUUCACCCACUAAAGGAGAGCUGGAAACAUAGAAUUAUAUAUAGAUGUUCUAUGGCUGGAAAACUAUCAGCUGCGUUCUGAUUCCUCUCCUUUAUUCAUCUUCUUAUCUCUUCCCCAUCCCUCCCUUCCCUUGUUUAUCAUUCCUGUUACACACGCUCUAUCUAUCUGUCUAUCUGUUGCUCUAUCCAUUCAUCCCUCCCUUCCUCGAUCUUUCCCUCCCUCCAGUGUGUCCAAGCAGCACGCGGUCAUCCCCAGUCAGGUGUUUGAGCUGGAGGACGGCAGCAGCAGCUACAAGGACUUUGGCAUGACCCGGAACAACCGCUUCAGCAGUGUGGGCCAGGCGUCCAAGAACAUCAUCCAGCCACCCGCCACUGUGCUGCACUUCUACAAUGUCCCGCCCUGCAUCACUGAGGACGAGCUGCAGAGGUUAUGUACAGAGCAUGAGGUACCCGGUUUCAUCAAGUUCAAAGUCUUCGAUGCAAAACCCAGCUCCAAAACGAUCUCAGGCUUAUUCGAAUUUGACAACAAGACACACGCUGUGGAGGUUCUAACAGUCCUCAACCACCACCAGAUCAGAAUACCAAGUAAGUCCUGUGUCUUACUCCGGAGAGAAUGCUUGCUUCAAGGACAGAAAAGUAGAGCGAGAGAUGAUGAGAGAAUGACAGAAAGAGAAUGGGUCACAAGGCAGUAGGCUGGAUUCAAACCUCUGCCAGCACCAUAUGUGUGCCAGAGACUGCAGCCCUAGAAAACCACUAGAAAACCCAUGCCAACUCCUCUGUCUCUUUUUAAAUGACAUCUUCGAGACAUUUAACAUGGUUCUGCAACUAUCCACCUAAAAAAAUAAAUAUAUAAGGUUAACAUCCACACGGAAAUCUAAUUAGCACAAUACAAAUGCAAUUAUUAAGAGGCUAGAUAAAAAUAGCUAAUCCUGGCGACCAAUGUUCUAGCAUGAAUUUAUUGAGGCGUGCAGCUCAGGGAUGUGAAGGUGUUACAAGCCUGGUCUAUGUGUUUAGUGUAAUUAACAACUAUCAAAUGAAAAGCAAAGACUCAAUCAAAUAAUGACUCCGUAGAACGAGGAAUGCAUUUACUCAAUUCAACGAAUAUUAAUGUAUUAGUCACGAAAUCAAUGAGAUUCAAACAAUUACAGUGUACAUGAAAUAUGUGAUGCAUUACAGCAUAACGCAGAGUAAAUGACUAUCACCAACAGGCUAAGACUUCACGUGGUUACACACGUCUUCAGUUCAGAAUCAUCUCUUCAGAGAAAAAAAAACUGUGUGUGUCUGAUACACGUAGGAGCUUGGUAGCAAGUUCUCAAAGUGUGAGCAAAUUCACUUCCCUCUUAACCAAAUUCAAGCGGGAACGCACCCCCAAUCUGAAUGAACACUUCACAACACACCCAGAUUCUUAUAUAAUCAACUCAAUUUUAAUGUUUAUGAUGGACAACAGGAACGUGCAUAAUAACCUGUCAACCCAAUAUACAAUUUUUAAAAUUUAUGUAACCUUUAUUUAGCUAGGCAAGUCAGUUAAGAACAAAUUCUUAUUUACAAUGACGGCCUACCCCGGCCAAACCCUAACCCGGACGACGCCAAUUGUGUGCCGCCCUAUGGGACUAUGGGUUGUGAUACAGCCUGGAAUCAAACCAGGGUCUAUAGUGACGCCUCUACCACUGAAAUGCAGUGCCUUAAGACUGCUGCGUCACUCGGGAGCCCAAAGACUCGUCCCCAUACCGGGAGUCAAACCUAGGCCGCCUGGGUGAAAACCAGGAAUCCUAACCUCUUGAAUAUUACCGCCAUCCAUCCGGACAAUGUCAAAUAGAAUCAACACGACAGGCUAGCCGCUAGACGCCUGUUCAUCACUGGCCUUCAUCAUCGUUCACAUUUGUUCACUCUCUCUAUUUUUCGACUACAAUACAAGUUAAAGACAUGUUUGUUUUAUUCUUCCCUUGUGCUCCUCCGAUACACAGCAGGUAUUCACCUUCACACUGGCCCGACAACGCAAACAAAAGCCAGUAGACUUUGGGUCUUUUUUUAUUUUCUUUUUACUGUGAGGCAAAUCAAAAAUCGAGCCCCCCUCAAACAACUCCAUCUUGUGCUUUCAUUAUUUGUUUUUGUGGCAGAGGAGGAAAAUUGCAGGAGAAAGCUUUGUGUUCUCUAGUAAUAAUGGCUUUCAUACAGACAGCCUCAAGCCACAGUCUCUUUGUGGGUUGGCAGGCGUAAGGUCCCCAGUUACCUGAAAAUAGUCAGAAUACAGAAUAUAAGGAAUAACCCCUUGAGGCAACACAACACACACACACACUCACUCCAUCAUUCGCUCACUCACACAUAAUAUGUACAUACAGUGGGGCAAAAAAGUAUUUAGUCAGCCAAAAAUUGUUCUCCCACUUAAAAAGAUGAGAGAGGCCUGUAAUUUUCAUCAUAGAUACACUUCAACUAUGACAGACAAAAUUAGGCAAAAAAAUCCAGAAAAUCACAUUGUAGGAUUUUUAAUGAAUUUAUUUGCAAAUUAUGGUGGAAAAUAAGUAUUUGGUCACCUACAACCAAGCAAGAUUUCUGGCUCUCACAGACCUGUAACUUCUUCUUUAAGAGGCUCCUCUGUCCUCCACUCGUUACCUGUAUUAAUGGCACCUGUUUGAACUUGUUAUCAGUAUAAAAGACACCUGUCCACAACCUCAAACAGUCACACUCCACUAUGGCCAAGACCAAAGAGCUGUCAAAGGACACCAGAAACAAAAUUGUAGACCUGCACCAAGCUGGGAAUCUACAAUAGGUAGGCAGCUUGGUUUGAAGAAAUCAACUGUGGGAGCAAUUAUUAGGAAAUGGAAGACAUACAAGACCACUGGUAAUCUCCCUCGAUCUGGGGCUCCACGCAAGAUCUCACCCCGUGGGGUCAAAAUGAUCACAAGAACGGUGAGCAAAAAUCCCAGAACCACACGGGGGGACCUAGUGAAUGACCUGCAGAGAGCUGGGGCCAAAGUA